UGCUGCUUGGAAGAGGAAAUUUUGAAGUGUCCGGGGCACAAGCGAAUUCCGAGCUGUGGUUGGACGGUUUGGGACAGUGGAGAAAGCUAGCUGCUUAGCUUCGACGACAUCUACAUCAGCACGAUAUUGAAAGAGAUAUACAGGUGUAUAGAGGUAUAUGCGCUCUACUGGCCCGAGAUGGAGGGCUUGUAUUUUAACGUAAAUGGCGGGUAUAUCGAAGGACUCGUCCGCGGUUAUCGAAACAGCCUGCUCACUUCCCAGCACUACGGGAAUCUGACCCAAUGCGAUACUAUCGAUGAUGUCAAGCUCCAACUCGGUCCCGCCUACGGCGAUUUCCUAGCCGCUCUCCCCCCAAACCCCUCGACCUCCGCUCUCGCCGGCAAAACCACAGAGAAACUCGUGGCGGAAUUCCGCUACCUCCAGGCCCAAGCCACCGGCUCCAUCGCCAAAUUCAUGGAAUACCUGACGUACGGCUACAUGAUCGAUAAUGUCGCUUUGCUUAUCACAGGAACCUUACACGAGCGCGAUACACGAGAACUACUCGAGCGUUGCCACCCACUCGGCUGGUUCGAGACUAUGCCCGUUCUCUGCGUCGCCACAAACAUCGAAGAACUCUACAACUCCGUCCUCGUCGAAACGCCGCUCGCCCCUUACUUCAAGGGCAGCUUGAGCCACCAAGACCUGGAUGAGUUGAAUAUCGAAAUUAUCCGUAACAUGCUAUACAAGAAUUACCUAGAGGAUUUUUAUAGAUUCGUCAAUUCCGAGCCGGGACUGAAGGGUACCCCGACUGCUGAGGUCAUGUCAGAGGCCCUGGAGUUCGAAGCGGACCGCCGCGCCAUUAAUAUCACUCUUAACUCCUUCGGGACGGAGCUGUCCAAGGCGGAGAGGAAGAAGCUAUACCCCGAAUUUGGCAAGCUGUAUCCCGAAGGCUCCCUGAUGCUAUCACGGGCUGAUGACGUUGAAGGCGUUGCGCUGGCUGUCAGCGGUGUUGGAGACUACAAGGCCUUCUUUGACGCGGUGGGACUUAACCAGGGCGGAGUCGGAGGCCCCGGCGGAGGUGGCAGUAUUGGUGGUGGAGGGCUUGGAAAUAUGGCUGGUGGGGGUACUAGUGACGGAAAGAGUUUGGAAGAUAUGUUCUAUCAGAAGGAGAUGGAGAUUUCGAAGCUUACCUUUACGCGACAAUUUACGCCCGCAAUCAUAUAUGCAUGGGUUAAGCUUAGGGAGCAGGAAAUUCGAAAUAUCACAUGGAUUGCAGAGUGCAUUGCGCAGAAUCAGAAGGAGCGGAUAGGGAAUUAUAUUAGCGUGUUUUGAGAUAUCACGGGUUUGUUUCAUCAUGGUUUUCGCGUAGUCUCUGGCUUCAUUUCCUUUUGUCAUGGUGUUCACUAUAUCUUUCUAUUUUUACCCUUUUAUUCCCUCAUGUUCCGUCGUGUUGCCUCCCACCCAUUUUUCGCUGGGAAUUUGAUUUCAACUUUUCCAUAUUAGGAAGGGCUUCUGUUAUUUUACUUUUCUGAAUUUCUUCCAAUUUUUCAUUUUCAUAUUUCCUCUGAUUUUCUAACAUCAUCUUAGCCCCAUUCCAUUACAGUACAGAGAAAAUCAGCAAAACAUACCCAAAGUUUCAAAGUUUCAUCAUCUUUCUUUCUCAUCGCAUUACCCUACCUGUUCCCCGUUUUCUCUCGCUCAAUAUUUCACACCAGAGUUUCACAAUCCUCCGAGGAGAAGUCUCCAAUCGUCCUAUCCUGACCAUCCCGUCAGUAAAACCCUCUAUCCGCUGCAUAGACACACUCCCACCUGGGUUUUCCCCAUAUCAACAACCUGUGGAGGUUACAUGGAUGUGGAACUCUUGCCCAAUCAACUUUUUCUUUGAAAAAUAAUACUGCAGCUCAAUGUACAGAGGCACCUGCGAUUCCUGAACGUUCCUGAGGAGCAGAUCUCACAUACAUAAGCACUUAACAAAGCCCUUGCUCUGUUUCGCUCUGCUUCCUUGGUUUCUGUUCGUGCCCUUUGUUCGUUUUUAAGCUGUCGAUCCCCGCCAGGGGGGUAGUUACGGGGCGGGUUGGUUUGGCGUGAAUGUAAUAAGGAAUAAUAAUAAUGGUAUAUGCAGAACUCCGUAUAUACACUACGUAUGUAUGCUGCGUAUGGUCUUUACUUGUGUAUAUGCCUAUGGGUCUGAGAGUUGCCUAUGUAUGCAUGUUGUCGGCCGUUGUUGGAGAAUGAACAAAGGGAUUGUUUUACUUAUUCGGAGCCGCGCCUAUUAGGCCUAUCGGACGGUGGUGAGAACCAUUUCUAGUAUCAGUUUAUGGAUUGUGAAAUUCUCAACUGUGACAGCUGCUUAAUACAUCACCACACGCGGGGACGUCUUUUCAGGCCGCUGAUGAUGAUUUUCAGCAGGUGUUCUUCUAAUGAUGGGUACUAUAUAGUCGCUAGGUGUGAAAUGUAUCUAUUGUCUCCAUAACUCCCCUUCUUUCAUGCGGUCGUCUGCGACUGGUUGCUGGGAUGAAAUGAAAAUAAGCUACCCUUUACUCUUGACUAACUGUAGCCGGGUGCUACAAGACUAUCUAGUUAGUUCAUGAAACAACAAGGGAAAGGGUGCAACGUGAUAAUGAUGCUCACUGUUUACGUUUUCGCAUAAACAAUUGCUGGUGUGCAUACUCUGUAUAAGUUGAAACGCUUGGUUAAACAUUAAUCCGACUUGUGGGUUGGUUAGGAGCUCCUAUAAAAGUGGCUGUUUUCGCGGGGAGGACAAGCAGGAAUGUACGGAGUAGUUAGAGUAAGGUUUUAGGUGGUUACCGCGGUCUUUGAGGAUAACUCAGGCUGUGUUACAGGUACAAUAUGUAAAUAUAGCUAUAAUUAAAUCAGGAACCAUAGUGGGAGG